UUUCUCAAAAUUCCCCAAAACUGGAAAAAAAAACUAUCCAAAUUCAAAUGACCACCGCCGAUAAAUCCGCCGGAAUCGUAACUGACUCGGAACCAGGACCGGAGGCUUCUCUUCUCCCCAAACAACACGAAGGAUCUACCGGAAAAGAACCUUCUGAUUCUUUCCACUUCGCUUACAUCAUCUACUUCACGCUUGGUGUUGGCUUUCUUCUUCCAUGGAACGCUUUCAUCACCGCCGUCGAUUACUUCUCUUACCUCUACCCUUCCACCGCCGUUGAUCGGAUCUUCGCUGUUAUCUAUAUGCUCGUCGGCCUUGUCUGUCUCUCCGUUAUCGUUGUUUUCUAUGCGCAUAAGAGCCUCGCUAGCUUCAGAAUCAAUCUCGGUCUAUUACUUUUCGUGAUCGCCUUGCUUGUGGUUCCUGUUUUGGAUCUGGUUUAUGUUAAAGGUCAGGUUGGUUUAUACACCGGAUUCGAUAUUACUUCCGGCGCCGUUGCGUUAUCCGGUCUCGGUGAUGCACUUAUGCAGGGAGGUCUCAUCGGCGUCGCCGGUGAAAUGCCUCCGAGGUAUAUGCAAGCUGUUGUCGCCGGAACUGCUGGCUCCGGUGUUCUUGUUUCACUAUUGAGAAUCUUGACUAAAGCUGUAUAUCCUCAAGAUCCUGAUGGGUUGAGAAAAAGUGCGAAUCUGUAUUUCGCUGUGGGAAUUGUUGUUAUGGUGAUAUGUGCUGUCUUGUACAACAUAGUGCAUAAACUUCCGGUGAUGAAGUUCCAUGAAGAGUGGAAGAAUGAAAGACUAAUCAAAGAGAAGAGUGAAGAGAAAGGUUCUUUAACAGGAAAUGUGUGGAGAAAAACACUCUGGGAUAUCGUGAUGAAAGUUAAGUCUCAUGGUUUUGGGAUCAUUCUUCUAUACAUGGUGACGUUGUCGAUAUUCCCCGGCUACAUUACCGAGGAUGUUCAUUCGGAGCUUCUUAAAGACUGGUACCCUGUGCUGCUCAUUGCAGCUUACAAUGUGUUUGACUUGGUUGGCAAGAGUAUGACCGCUGUUUUCAUGCUAUUGGAUGAGAAAAUCGCAGUCGGUGGUUGCAUCGCCAGGCUCUUGUUUUACCCUCUCUUCUGGGGUUGCUUACAUGGUCCGAUGUUUCUCAGGACUGAGAUUCCUGUAACUAUACUGACAUGCUUAUUGGGACUCACCAACGGGUACUUGACAAGCGUAUUGAUUAUUCUGGCUCCAAAAUCGGUUCCACUGCGACACGCAGAGACCGCAGGUAUCGUCACUGUGAUGUUCUUGGUUAUUGGUUUGGCCGCUGGGUCUGUCAUUGCUUGGUUCUGGGUCAUCUGAUUCUACCAAAGCCUGUUAUUUGUACUUGUUGUAUUCUUUGAGCGUUUCCACAAACUCAGCUUCAUUAAUCUGUGAAUUAUUCCUUUUACUUCAGUAAUAUGUGAAAAUUCUUUUUUU